AUGGGCGCCGUCGUCUCUUGCAUCCAAUCCGUUUUCCGUACCAUCGGUAACUGCCUGACCUCGGUCAUCUCGGGCAUUGGCGGCAUCCUCCACGCCAUCAUCGGCGGUAUCGUCUCCUUCUGCAACAUCAUCAUCAGCUUCCUCACCUGCGGCUACUGCGGACGCCGCGGCAGCGGCGGCGGUCGCCGGUCGCGUCACACGACCACGACUAGAAGUCGAGUCUAA